AUGGCGGGUACAAUUUCGUUCGGACUGGUGGCUAUCUGGUGUAUGCAUUUCGUCGGCAACAGGGCGAUCGUGCUCGGUGACGGAGAAGAAGAGAUUCAACUCUACUACAGUUCGACUUACACCGCUGUAUCGGCUGUCCUCCCGGUGGUCGUCAUGUUCCUGGGACUAUCGGCUGCGGAUAAGUUCUACAAGGGAAGCAAAGGAUCUCUCGUUCGGUUCGCAUCACUGGGCGUAUGCGGUGUCUGUGGAGGAGCGGCUGUCACAGAAAUGCAUUACCUGGGAAACAACGGCACUACCAACUAUCACAUCAUCCUAAGCUGGCCACACGUCGUUGGAGCUGCAUCAAUUGCUGUGGGCGCUUGUCUCAUCUCUUUCAGUCUCUUCUUCCACUGGAACAAGCAUUGGAUGAACAACGUCUGGCGACGAAUCAUUGUGGCCGUCGUACUCGCUUUGGCCGUCUGCGGGAUGCAUUGGACUGCCGCAGCUGGUACCUGGUAUGAGAUCCGUGGCUACCACGAUGGACCUGGCCAAGAAAGGAACACAAAUCUCAUCAUCUCUCUUUGCCUCGUAAGUCACCCACUUUACGAACGGAGCGCAUCGCUAAUCGAGAACCAGUGCCUGAGCGCGUGUGCUGUAUGCUUCCUUCUCGGCUUCAUCAAGCAGCGUCAACGUCGAUUGGAAAAGAACAGAGCUCAACAGGUCGUUCUUGCCAUUGCCACAUUCGAUCCGGAAGGACGGCUGCUCGUCAGUCAAAGCGGACUGAUGCCAUGUCAGACAAUCACCCACCAGUUCCACCAAAGAACAUUUGACGACGAAUUCAACACAUCGCAUCCUGUGUUCCAGUGGAUCUUCAGGGUAUCGCGCAACUGGACCGGCAUUUCCGAUCUCAUCCCGACGAUGCGAGAGCAUCUACAAGCGACAGGAUACCUCCAAGCGCCUACUCACGGAAGCAACAGCCGAUCGUCCAUGGAAGCCGAUGACGAUAUCAGCUACUCGGCUACAUUCCGGGAGCUGUUCUGCGUCACAGCGCACGAGAUUGCGCAGACACUCGACACGAGCCUGCAGAAUCUUGGAAAUCUUUAUGAGGAGGUCUUGACAACGGGUACGGUGAUGAACCGCGCAAUCUGGACAGGCAACUACGGUAACAAGACGAUCGUGGCUGCAGACGUAGCGACAAAGGACCUAGAAACUGGAGCGGUCAACCCCAUCCUAUUCGGAAGAGGUCAGAUGCUUGUACUUACAAAGAAGGUCGACACCAUCGAGGCACAUCGGCUACACAACCUUGGAUACGGAUUCGCGAGUGUCGAGCAGGUCAGCGAUCACCUGGCCCGCAGCCUGCAAAUACCGCGCGAUGAUCUCGAGAACCUCGUUGGACGCCUACAAGCUUUCAGUGAGAGGCAGCUAUCCCUUCCCAAGAAAGGAACCUACAUCGGAUCUUUCCUCGUACAGCCCAAGCCCGGUAUGAGAGGCCUAGACGUCAUCGUGCCGCGAGCUACACCUGGCCGCAUCCCGAUGGUGAAGCUGAGCAGCGACGAGCUGGACAGUCGGCAGCUGAACAUCCUCACGACCUUCAACGGUUGCAGUCUGGAUGACUGUUUGGUGCGCAUCAACAAGCGGACCGCGACCGACUCGGAGGACGAUCUUUUUCUCGACAAGUUCCGCAACAGGAUCAUGGAACUUCUGCGAGACUGUCCCGAAGAAACUCUUCAUCGUUCAGUAUUCUCAUCGCAGCAGAUUGACAUGAUGCACGGUCAGACCGAGUCCAGUCAGGCCACGCUUUUUGCCUUCUGCGGCAUCAAGGAGAUUUACGUUCAGUCGCUGCAAAGCCUGACACUGAAGACGAUUCCCCUUUCCUUUUUCCAAACAUACCUGAGGUCACAGCCAGGAUGCGCCGACCACGCGAUAUUGGCGCAAAAGAACCACAAGGAGUUUAGCAGCCUCCGACGCGCACCCUCCAUUGCGAAGAUGCCACCCAGCAGCCGCGGCGGCAGAUGGACUCGAGGUUUACGUUCGAAGCGAUCGAAUUCAACGGAGCUGAGCUGGCAGCAAGCAGACACGUGUUCGGAGAAGGGUCUGGUGAACUGCACCACGCAUUCUCAAGCUGAGCCUUCGUCGCAUCCAUGGGGAGGCAUCAUGGUCACUUCGACCCAGAACAUCCAUGUGGAUGAGACCAAGGCGGGUGCGAAUGUAGAGCUGCAUGAUCUUGGUGUCCGCGCCAAUGUUGGUAUGGCGGAGACGGAGCAACAGACGUUGGCAGACCGGCUCAUGUCGAUUACGACUGCGUUCCGUGACCCGCACGCGAUUCGCCCACCAGGCUACCACGGUAUCCGGAAGUAG